AUGGAUGUUCUGAUCGUAUCGACUAUCUUUACGGCCCUUGCGACCAUUUGUGUCGUUUUGAGAUUGGGAACGAGGUUCUGGCUGCUCAGGGCUCCUGGCUUGGAUGAUCUAUUUAUUUCUUGUGCAUUGGUAUGUAUUAGAAUGCAUUCGUUACUCCAAAGGCGAGAUCUCAUCGAUUUUGCAUUCUACGCCUUCGUCCUCGUCGAACGCCAUUAUGGCCUCGGAACACCAGAAUCAUCCCUCUCCUCCCACUACAUCCAAAGUCAACUUCACUUCCUCUGGCUCUCGAUCCCAUUCUACAAUCUCACCCUGAUCUUCGCUAAAAUAUCCGCUCUAUGGCUCUUCGUCCGUCUCUUUCGCCCACGCCCCUUCCUCCUCGCUUCCUAUAUCACAAUGGGUAUCCUGGUCAUUGCAGGGCUAUGGAUGACAUUGAGUGGGUUCAUCUUCUGCAAUCCCAUCCAUUAUUUCUGGCAUAUAUCACCAGAAGUUCGGGAAAAUCAUUGUCUGCCUACGGGUGCGGUUUGGUUUACGAAUGCUGGUAUUCAGAUUGCUACCGAUGUUGUCAUCCUUAUUCUUCCUAUGCCCUUGCUUUGGAAGUUGCAGAUGCCCAGGCGGCAGAAGUAUGGUGUUGUUGCUGUUUUCGGGCUUGGAAUAAUUGUCAUCGCUACCAGCUCAGCCCGUCUUUCUCAAUUAGCCAUCAUGGUGAACAGGAAAGAUUUCACGAAGACAAACGCCCAAGCCGCAAUCUGGUCCUCCCUUGAAGCAAACAUCUCAAUUAUUUGCGCCUGCCUCCCACCCCUCCACCCCCUCCUCUCACGAGUCUUCUCCUUCUUCUUCCUCCCUCAACCCCUCCACUCCUCCCCAGGCUCAAAAGCCACCCACUCCCACACAACCCAACUAACAGUCUCGCGAAAACCCUCAAUAUACUCUCACUACGGCUCAAACCACAGCCCAGAUGGCGGUGUCUGGUUCAACGAACUCUUCAUGCCCGGCCCGGCCGGUUACUCGGCUAGUAUCUCAAAAGUCAAUACCAAUGACGAAGACUGCGAGAAUGAAGCUGGUAUUCGUGUUGUGAGGGAGUUGAGGAUGCGCUCUGAGGAGGCUCAUACGCCUAUUUUGAGGAGUGGGUCGCCUAGAGAGCGGGAAAGGGAUUUGGAGAUGGGGACGCUUGAUAGUCACAGUGCGCGUGGCGUGCCUAGUAUUGAGUGGGAUUUGGGCGAUUUCGAAUUUCCUGAUUAUAAGGAGAGGAUGAAUGCUCCCAUUUGA